AAAAAAACAAUGACAUAACCUCAAAACAAACAAAAAUUGCUUUAAAUUAUUAAAUAAACUUAAAAAUGAGGCUUAUAAACUUGCUGAGAACUCUACAAAUAACGGCUAAAACUCCACAAAGAUUGUUUUCUCAAGAGUUCAUCCCCAAAGCAUUGCGAAGUUUGAAAGCGAAGUCUACAAGAAACACUGUGCAGUUCUACGUCGAUUCCUUCAGAAUUAGGACUGUGGGUGGGAAUGGGGGGAACGGGUGUAUAUCAUUUCUAAGUGCUUGGUGUAAGGAGCACGCCGGACCGGACGGCGGGGACGGCGGUCAUGGAGGACAUGUUAUUUUUCAGGCCACCCAUACGGUGAAGAGUUUGAACCAUGUGAAGGCGGUGACGAUAGCGCUGCAUGGAGGGAGAGGAGACAAUAAGGACCGGAACGGGAAGAACGCUUCGCAUGUCGUGGUGCCUGUUCCACUUGGGACAAUAGUCCGUGACGAGACUGGGACCGUGGUGGGAGACCUGAGCGCUGAAGGCACCCUGUUUGUGGCGUCGCGCGGCGGCGCUGGCGGCCGGGGGAACAAGUUCUUUCUCACAGACACUGCCCAGGCACCGGAUAUAGCAGAGAUCGGCGCUAUUGGAGAGACCAAUGUUUAUACGCUCGAAGUGCGCUCUAUGGCGCAUAUAGGUUUAUUAGGGUUCCCUAACGCUGGUAAAAGUACACUGCUUCGCGCGUUGACGCGCGCGCGGCCCACCGUCGCACCCUACCCUUUCACAACACUGAGACCUCACAUUGGUAUGGUCCCCUAUGAUGAUUACGAGCAGGUAGCGAUAGCGGACCUGCCGGGUUUGAUUCCCGGCUCACACAAGAACUAUGGCUUAGGUAUCCAGUUUCUUCAACACGCCGAGAGAUGUCGCGGGCUCAUAUACCUACUGGACGCUACAGACGCCCCUUUAGAACAGCUGGAGCAUCUGACGCAUGAACUGACGCACUACAGCGCAGAGUUGGCUAACCGGAGAAGUUGUAUAGUGUUAAAUAAAAUAGACCUACCAGCCGGUCGGGCCGCUCUCGAGACCAUCAGCAAAGAACGAGAGGUCCUCGGUAUUUCUGCUAAAACGGGACUCGGUCUACAGAGGUUGCUAACCGCCGUUAGAGAAAUGUAUGACGGCGGAAGUAAUGAGAUAUUACUAUAGAUUUCAUACAUUUUGUAUAGAAGAUAGCGGACAACUGUUCUCCCAUACAAAUGGAUCUGGUCCCAGCAAAAGCAUAGAGGAAUAAGUAAGGGAAGAGUUGUAACUCCAUACAUCAGUAAAUGCUAGUUAUUUGUAGUGACAUCUAGCGACAACCACGCGUCAACUAGCGUAAAUUAUCAGCACUCCCGUGAAAUAAAAGAGACGGGAUGAUAACGCGAGCGAAUUAUAGUUCUUCGCCGCAGGGCUCGGAUGGGCACUUUUUUUCAAAGUUGUCCACCCCACUUUUUUUUGGACCUGGAAAUUUUUAUGUGUUUUCCACUCAGAAUUGCGAGCUCUUUCAAUCCUAAUAGGAGAAAAAAAGUGUCCCAAGGUUUU